AGAGCAUGUAUCAGCGGUUUCUACCUUUUCUGUAUUAUUUUAUCUCUGUAUAUUACAUAUUUUAAUCCAACAGCGAACGGUACGAUACAGCAAGCCCCGGACACUAUUGGUGUCUUCUUCUCCGCCCUGCCGUUCCGCGCGGAACAUUUCCACCGCUUUCCACUUGCCUGGCGGCCUGGUCCCUGUGAUUUGUGGAAUUUUCGCGCGCAUGUGUUAGCAUGCAGCCAGCAACGGACACGGAGGUGGUAGGGGGAGCUGUGAAGAAAGAGCCAGAAGAGAUCGUGGUCGAAGUAGACGGCGACGGGGACGAGGAAGCCGAGAAGGUGGUCAAGAGGAGGCGGAGGAGGAGGAAGAAGACGACGGCCUGGGAUCCGCACAAGAAGCGCGCAUGCGUGGAUUGCACGAAGAGGUGCGCCCGGAUCCAUGGCCAGCCUGCUUCGCCGUCCGCAUUGGCGUCGUCUUCCAGCAACGCGCGGCCGGUCCCGGCAGUGCCGUCCUUCUUCAAGGUCAUGUUGGGCUACUUCUCCGAGGACAUGGAUAUACCACCCCCUUUUGCCAAGACAAUCUGGGACCUGGCAGGCUCCAACGUCUUUCUCGAAGACGCGUUCGGGCUCCGCUGGCGCGUGCGGCUCUGCCUGCGCGACGGCGUGCUGUCAUUCGGGCACGGAUGGAAGAACUUCGUGCUGGACCAUGCCGUCAGCUGCGGCGAGUUCCUGGUGUUCAGGCAGAUCGCCAGGUCGGUCUUCACCGUGCAGAUGUUCGCCCCAUCAGCCGUCGAGAGGCUGCACCUCUGUGAGAGGAACAAGAGGCAGAGCCGGAAGAGGAAGCCCAGGCCGCAGAGACAGAGAACAAGCUCUCCCAGUAUCCAGACUGUCAAGGCGACCAAGAACAGAGUGAAGAACAGUAAUAAGAAGAGACAGCGUACUGAUGAUCACCAAAACGGUGUACGCCCGAGAGGCCAUAAGAGCAAGACGGCAGCUCAGGUCUGCGUCGACGACUCUGACGUCCCCGAUCCUGCGUCUGAACCGAAGUGUCCAGACACGUCGGAAAGAUUGCCGGAGGCUGAAGUCACAGAACCGCAAGAAAUUUCUGAGCCCCCUGCGGGACGACAUGAGCGUGAAGCUCAGAAGGUGUUAGACGGAGAGGCAGAGGUAGCAGACGACAGCGCAAUGCUUGAAGAGACUGAAACCAUCUACAACGCUAGACUUACGGAGCACCAGGUUCCUGCUGCCAAUGAAACAGAGCAUGGCGAGUGCUUGGCAAAUUUCGAUGCUAGCAUACCUCUUGCUAUGAUGGAUCUGAAUGAAGUGAGCAUAGACGAUAUAUUUCUGUCGGCUGAUACGUACGAAUUUGGAAGUGACAUGUGUAACCCAGAACCGUUUUCUGUUGGUCUGAACAUGGAAGGCACCACUACUGGCCAAAACUCGGGAUUCAGUUGCCUUGAGGAGCUGGAUACCCCACAGAACCACCUUUCUUCCAUGGGAGAUGGCCAUUGUUCUCUGGUUCCAGAAGCAGGACCAUGUACCGAAAACAACAAAGAGAAGGCUGAUGCACUAGAAACGGGAGCAUCGUAUUUCUGUGACUCCUCGUUUCAUGAUAUAGACAUCAACGCGUUGCCCGCUAAGGAGCCGCCGUCGUUUGGAGAGGAUAGCCCUUCUCCUCGAGCUGGCGCUGAAAUGCAUCCUAAUGAAUGUGGAUUAAGCAGCUGUAGUCAGGAUAGAGGCAAUAGUUCCCUCCUUAUCAUCAACAAGCAAGCUGCACAUAAAGAAUCAGAUUCUUUCAUGACGACGAAGCAGGAUAAACCACAAGGUGGACAAUGUAGCAUGCAGGAUGGGGUAGGACGACAGCAUCCUACUGAAAUCACGUCGAGAAAUGCAAAGCCUCGUGAAUCUCCUGAACUCACGCGGAAUCCUCUGGGAACUGGAACUGGCUCUGAAUCCACCCACAGCGGAACCUCUGAAUCUGGUGGUCUUCUCGCGCUCACAGAAAACAUCACCAAAUUCUGCAUCGCUGUGCCUGCACCAGGGCAAACAUGGCUUGAGAUUCCCGGCCGACUGCCGGUCAUUCCAAGAACGAAGAAACAUGGGAGGAAGGUUGUGAUGCUCAAGGACCCACGCAUGAGACUCUGGCCUGUGCUCUACCAAUGCACCCCGAGGUUCAACGGCAUCAUCACUGGCUGGGUUGACGUCUGCAGGGAGAACAGAAUCAAGGAAGGUGACACCUGCGAGUUCGAACUCAGCGGUAACUCUGAACUCUCAUUCCAACUCCAAGUGCGCGUGCCCAAUACGCACCCAGAAUGUUGACCUUAUCUAUCGUAUCUUAGGCUUCUGUGUCCCAUCUUUUUCCUUCAAUCCCGAAAUAAGAAUGUAUGUAGACUUCUGUUAACAAGGAAAUGUCGAUGCUUUCUGGCACAUUUUCAUGUCCAGAUUGUCCCCUUUUCUUUUUUUUAUUACAAUGGAAUAUUCAGAUUA